AUGGAAGUGAGUGAUUUGGGGAACUUAAUUGGCCUGUAUGCUGAAUGGCAUUCACAUUUGCUUCCUUACUAUUCUUUUGAUCAGUUCGUGCACAAGGUGGAACAAGUCGGUGCCACAAGACAUGUUAAGAGGAUUCCUGGCAAGAAAGGGCUAGGCCUAACAAAUAACAUCUUUGACUUCCAGACAUGCCUUGGAGGGUUACGAGAAAAAGUUGCUAAUGGAGGGGACCCAACAAAGCUACAUGAAUCCCCAUCUGAAGACGCCACAAAUAAUGACCAAGUUGGUGAGGAAAUAAAUGGAGGGAGGGGAGAAGAGAGGAGUUGUUUUUGCUUUUGUAAAGGAUUCAUAUGGGAGGGCUUAGGGCCUCUUGAAUGUCUUGAAUUUCAUCUUACAGAAGUUAUUGCACAGGUUAGGGUUUUCGCAUCGUUAGUCUCGUUGACCAUAGAUGCAAGGAGUGCUAGGAUAUUCAGAAGCAAUUGUGAGCAAUUUGAGGGAGUGCAAGUAUUGUUAGGGUAUUGUGGUAAAGCUGGAAGGGGUCAUGCAAAGCGUGCGACUAGGGAUAAGGGUCGUGCAAAGCCUGCGACUGGGGCUAAGGGGUCGGGUGAAGCUUGCAACUAG